AUGGAUCAGGCACGCAAGCAGGCCAAGAAGAAAGAACUGGAGCGGGUCAGUCAAAGCGUGCUCAUUUGCCUCGCCCAUCUUGUUUUCGUUUGCUCGCCCCGUGUCGCCCCUCAUCUGCACCGCUUGGACGGGAGACAGAAUAAAGAUCACAAAGUGAAGCAACGAGUGGCGGUGAUGAACGCACAAAAUCCCAAGGAAGUGCUCAAAGAGAUUUAUGAGACAAUGGAUAAGCAGCGUAUCUCCAAGGUUGAGACAGAGCGUCACAUGCUGCAGGAACGACGCCGGAAGCUGCGAGAAAGCUUGGACAAAAUUCUUGAAUGGCUGCAAGAGCACGAUAGCGAGAAGCUUGAAGACUUUCGCCAGUGGGAGGAGUCUUUCCAUGAACGACGCGAGAAACGCCGCGUCUUUUAUUACACAGGCACAGACGCCGAUGUACAGUUUGGCAUGCGCCCCCCACCCCCACCUCCCCGACACGGUGACAGUGAGGAUGAAGACGAAGACCGUGCAGAUACUCGCGCUCGGCGCGUCCGGGUGCCCUCCCCGCCCCGGGAAGCCCAGCCCGCUCGCCGUGUGCUCGAUGAUGAUGAUGAUGAUGAUGAUAAUGGCGACGGCAAAGUGCCAUCCACUGGCCCGCCAGCCACACGCCCUUCAGCCAGCACAACGGUGGACUCUUCCAAGACAAAUACACCCGAGGCAAUAUCGUCUGCACCGGACACAGGCAACCAGGCUUCUGACGCACAAACCAAGCAGGCAACCGGUACCGCUGGGCGCGAGAGUACCACAACUAAUGGCAAGGCUCUGCAAAAUAAUUUGGUGCAGGAUGACGAUGGCGACGACGUGGACUUGGAUGACAUUCCCUUGCCUGCCGAGGACGGCGAUGAUGUUGCGCUAGAUGAUAUCCCCUUGCCUGGCACUGAGGAUCCGCAGACCAACGCGGCUGGCAACACCACUUCCAUCGUGCCAAACGCACCGGCACCGGGUCCUCUACAGCCACCCAUGCAUCCUCUUAUGCCUCCUUCAGGCCUGGGGAUGGGUCAUGGCCCACCCAUGCCACCGGCCCCCGGCAUCAUGGUUCCGCCGCAUGGACCACCAAUUCAGCGUUUCAUGCCGGCCCCGGGUGUCAUGUCCAGACCAAUGCCGCCACGUCACAGCGGACCACGCCCCGGCCCAGGUGGCCCACGCCACGGCGCUCGUCACAGCCAGGCACAUCCCGAAAAGCGCCAGGCGCCAAGCAAUCCCAAAGAUCAAGCUCGCGCCGCACUUGCGUCGACGUUAUCAGCUGAGCCCCAGGUUCGGGAUAAGCAAGCAGAACUUCGCAAGUUUAUGCCGUCUUCAGUGCGCAUCCGACGCGACGCAGCGCCCGAGGCCAAGCGUGUCAAGGCCGCACAGCUUCUGCCCCAACCCAGUAUGCCGGCCAAGGACUCGAGUGGCAAGGCGGAGAAGAACAAGGACGAUGAAUAUGACCGCUUCAUGUCAGAGAUGGAAGGGCUCAUUUCUUAG